CACAUCACAGUGUCUCCAAAAACAGACUAAAGACGGUCCACCUUCAGCUUGAACUAAAUGCUGCAGUCAGUGUGAAGCAGGAGGAAGUGUAACAGAGAGAAGAGAAAAUACACAUCUAAGAGGAGACGCAGAGAUUCAGGGAGGAGCUGAGUUGUUACUGAACUAUAGAGGAGAGAGGAGCUUCCAUAUUCAGCAGAGUUCAAGAUACACACCAUUAACAUGAACUUUAUUCAACAUGCUGUCACUGCAUCACUCUGUAUUUUCUCUGCUGCUUCUUAACACUCUAACAGGCAUCAACUGUGAAGAACUGACUCCAGUCAAGACUGAAGAGUUCACUUCAGAACACACGUCUGUCACUCUGUCCUACAAAUAUCACAAAUCUGCAGAUGCUAGUGAUUAUUUCUUCUGGUAUCGACAACAUCCAGGAAAACCACCAGAGUUCCUCAUGUCUCACUCAGGAACAGGAACAACACCCAGUGCUCCAGUCUCUGGACUGUCUGUUACAGUGAGUGAUGACAAGAGAAAAAUCAAUCUGCAGAUCAACUCAGCUGCAGUGACAGACUCUGCUGUUUACUACUGUGCUGUGAGGCCCACAGUGACAGGAAACACCACAACUCUGUACAAAAACACUACAUCCACUAGAGGGAGUCACACUCUGUUACACCUCAGUGGUUUCUUAAGGAAGAACAUUGUUCAUCUGUUUUCUGUUUGGCUUCAACAUCUCAAAGACAUGAUGUUUUCCCUCUUUCUGUCUUUAUCUUACUUCAUAGCCAUGUGUUCUAUGAACAGCAUCAAGCCAGAAAGUUCUGAAGAAGUUGUACCAGAGGGAGGAAACAUCAAGCUGAGCUGUAAAUAUGAGGGGAGUAUCAACAAUAUCCAGUGGUUCCAACAACAGCAGCAGAGAUCCAGACCAGAGUUCCUGCUCCUCAUCACACAGGACGGAUUCAUCAGCGCAGAGAUUUCUGGUUUCUCUGCUCACAUCAACAAAACAGACAAACGUGUAGAUCUGGAGAUCAUCUCAGCUAAAGUGACAGACUCUGCUGUUUAUUACUGUGCUGUGAGGCCCACAGUGACAGGAAACACCACAACUCUGUACAAAAACACUACAUCCACCAGAGGGAGUCACACACUGUUACACCUCAGUGUUUGUGAUGAUGUUUCUUUCAUAUGACAGAGAAUCUGACUGUGAGUCAAAUAUUUAAUAUCAGUCAUGGAAUCAUUUACAGAAAGUAUUAAAAACAGAUUAUACAAUGUGAUAAAUGUGUCCAUGAACUGGUUGGAAAUAUAACAUUGUAUUGUAAUAUUUUCUGUUCUCUUUUAGUGUUUUUAAUAUUGUUUUCUAAAGCUCUGAUUUCUUAUGGUUUACCUCAGGGUUCAAUCCUGGGCCCUACAAUAUUUUUAUUGAAUGUAACUCUUCUUAAAACAUCACAUGUGUUGAAGAUACAUCAUCAUGUAUUCCAGUAAGGUCCAGUAAUUAUGAAAGAAGCUUGUUUCGGGUCAAUUCUUCCAACAUUAACGAGUCAAGAACUUCUAUUGUUUUACUCGCCCCUUCAACACAAAUGAUUUAAUUAUCAGCUAAAUAAAGUUGUGAAAUGAUAAACACAG